CUGGAGCUUUUAUAAAGAGUUCUUGCGGGAGCUGCUGCCGGCUGCUCAGUCAGAAAGAACCUCACAGAGCUGCCGGUGCCUGCCCGGGACAUCAGGUCGCUGCCCGAGGCCGACAGGGACGAGGCACCACGCCAGGGGUCCCAGGUGCAGACCCCACGCACUCCGCCACCGCCUGAGCCUUGCCUCCCAGCCUGGUCCUCCCGCACAGGGGACUGUGCGGCCCUGGCCCGACAAGCCAGGGAGCCCCCGCAGCCUCUUCAUAUGACUCCGUCUGGGCCUGGCUGGCUGUGGGGACAAGCUCCGAGGGGCCGCCUGUGUCUCAGCGGGACCUCAGCCAGCUCUGCGACCGCCACGGCGAAUGCUGGGGACUGAGCGCCAGGCUCUGUGGCCUCAGCGGGGGCGUCAGGACCUGAUGGAGAACAAAGCCAUGUACCUGCACACCGUGAGCGACCGGGACACCGGCUCUGUCUUCGAGGAGCCCUUUGACGGCCGGAGCCUGUCCAAGCUGAACCUGUGUGAGGAUGGCCCAUGCCACAGACGGCGGGCAAGUGGCUGUUGUACCCAGCUGGGCUCCCUGUCGGCCCUGAAGCAUGCUGUCCUGGGCCUCUACCUGCUGGUCUUCCUGAUUCUCGUGGGCAUCUUCAUCUUAGCAGUGUCCAGACCCCGCAGCUCCCCGGACGACCUGAAGGCACUGACUCGGAACGUGAACCGGCUGAACGAGAGCUUCCGGGACUUGCAACUGCGGCUGCUGCAGGCCCCGCUGCAGGCCGACCUGACCGAGCAGGUGUGGAAAGUGCAGGACGCGCUGCAGAACCAGUCGGACUCGCUGCUGGCGCUGGCGAGCGCAGUGCAGCGGCUGGAGGGCGCGCUGUGGGGGCUGCAGGAGCAGGCGGCGCAGACCGAGCAGGCGGUGGCCCUGCUGCGUGACCGAACGGGCCAGCAGAGCGAUGCGGCGCAGCUGGAGCUCUACCAGCUGCAGGUAGAGAGCAACCGCAGCCAGCUGCUGCUGGGGCGCCACGCCGGCCUGCUGGACGGGCUCGCGCGCAAGGUAGGCGUUCUGGGCGAGGAGCUGGCCGACGUACGCGGCUCCCUGCGCGGCCUCAACUACAGCCUGUCCUACGACGUGGCGCUGCACCGCACGCGGCUGCAGGAUCUGCAGGUGCUGGUGAGCAACGCCAGCGAGGACACGCGCCGCCUGCGGCUGGUGCACCUGGGCAUGGAGCUGCAGCUGAAGCAGGAGCUGGCCACGCUCAACGCGGUCACCGAGGACCUGCGCCUUAAAGACUGGGAGCACUCCAUCGCGCUGCGGAACAUCUCCCUUGCCAAAGGGCCACCAGGACCCAAAGGCGAUCAGGGGGAGGAAGGCAAGGAAGGCAAGACUGGCGUCCCUGGCCUACCUGGACUCCGAGGUCUACCAGGCGAGCGGGGUACCCCAGGACUGCCUGGCCCCAAGGGCGAUGACGGCAAGCUGGGGGCCACUGGCCCGAUGGGCUUGCGUGGGUUCAAAGGUGACCGCGGCCCGAAAGGAGAGAAGGGAGAGCGAGGAGACAGAGCAGGGGAUGCCAGUGGCGUGGAAGUCCCGAUGAUCCGCCUGGUGAACGGCUCAGGCCCACAUGAGGGCCGUGUGGAGGUGUACCAUGACCGGCGCUGGGGCACCGUGUGUGACGACGGCUGGGACAAGAAGGACGGGGACGUGGUGUGCCGCAUGCUGGGCUUCCGCAGCGCGGGGGAAGUGUACCGGACAGCUCGCUUCGGGCAAGGCACGGGGAGGAUUUGGAUGGAUGACGUUGCCUGCAAGGGUACAGAGGACACCAUCUUCCGUUGCAGUUUCUCCAAAUGGGGGGUGACAAACUGUGGGCAUGCUGAGGAUGCUGGGGUCACAUGCAAUAGAUACUAAAAUCGGGCAUAACCCGAGGUCGGGGCCUUGCUUCCAUGCCUCCUUCCUGCAUUUUUGGAGGGGGGCAUCACUUGGGGCUACCCUGGCCAUGCCUCUGCUCUGCCCAAUCCAACACCCCCAGUCCCCAUAGCCCUAUGCCAGGACUGUGGUGGCCUGUUGUCACUCUCCUUUCAGACAUCUGCUCCAAAGUGCUCUACGGGAUCUACUGCCUGUCUCUCCUUCUGCCGGGGCUUCCAAGUGAAGAGCCCUGGCCAGUGGGACCACCAGUUGGCUCAGCCUUCUGACCAUCAUUCCUAGGGCCUCAGAAUCCAUGUUCUCUUCAGUCUCUUGGUUACAGAUGAAUGUCCAGAAGAUCUCAGAGACAGAGGCAGCUGUGGAGAUGGGACGAAUUAUGGAUCAUUUAUUCAUGAGAUAAUUCCCAAACCUCAGUUAGGCCAAGAGUUUCAACACCCACCUCCCCAGCAAGUGGCAAUCUUGGGUGUCCUGGUCUCCCCUCUUUAUUCUGCCUCUACACACUGUACCUUAAUUUGUGGAGGUGACACAGAAAAAAAAAGCAAAACCAGCUGGAGGAGCAAGAGGGAAAUGCAAAAUUCCUGCAGAAACCCAGCAAGGGAGAAGGGGAGGGAACCCGGCAUUUAUUGAAUGACUACAGUGGUGUGCUAAUAGUAUCUUGGGUGCUAAAUUCAUUUAUCCACUUUGCCACAUUGGUACAAGGUACAUCAGUCUGGGUAAGAACCUACCUCCAGGUAGUGCUCAAUUGGCCCUUCCACCUGGCUUCCAAGUCAGAAGAUCAAGAAUGACUGAACCAAGGUCCCACCUGCACCUUAGCAUGUCUUGGCCAGACCUUAUCUUAGGCCAGGGACAUAGGUGGUUAGAAAGCUGCAUAUGGCAAACCCUGUGCUGUGUGAUGCAAGAUCAGACACGACGGGCCCCCAGGUUAACCAUCUGUGCAGGAGGAGAGCUGAUCUGGAGGGUAACAUAGGGGCCGUCCAUGUCAACCUGAGUCCAUCGCUUAGCCAUUGGGCACUCGGGGUUAACAGCAAGGUGGCGGUGUCUCAGAGCUGUUGAAGGUGACAUUGCAUCUUCCAGGACCCUUCAAGUGUGAUCCUGUGGUCAGGGGAAACACAGAUUCUGAAGGAUCUUACAGGCGUGACAGAAGUCAGGAGUCCCUGUAACCUCCAAGGAGAAGGAAGGGCCACGGGCCUCUGCAAGUUUGCAACUGCAGCCCCACUGAGUGUCAGGGAGAUCGUACUCUGCUGUUUACGUGAAGAGCGGUUGAACUGUACGAGUCUUAGACCUGGGACAGCCCCAUAUAACGAGUGGAUACAAACACACCUCGCUUUGGGAGAAACAAAUUCACAGUCAGGCCUCAGAUACAGGUGAGCGUCAUUCUGCCCGGACAAAGUGGGACCUGCGCUCCUACAGUCACAGGUCCAGCAAAGGCCCUGGCUGACAACCAAGCCCAUAUGUGCUCUCGGUCAUUCUUUGCUUACAAUACGCUUGUGACUAAUGUCCUAAUGAUCAGAGACUCCUUCUGACCCACCGCUAUGUUUACAUAAUGCGCAUGUACUCAUGCAUUUUCUUUCAGAGCCAAUAUAUGUAUGUAUAUAUAAACAUAGCACUCUUUACUACAUAGCUCAGCACUUGCAAAAUUUGUGUUAGAUCAUUACUAAUGGUGGGAAAAUGUCACUUUAAAAAUCACCAACUUGGUUCUAGUAAAGAACCUAGUUACGCUACCCAUGAAAAAUCAUACGAUUUCCUUACUUGGUCUUUUCAUUUAGGAAAACUCAAGUCUUGUUUAUGUCAAAUUAAAACAAUGUUGAAAUGUUAAAUGUUUGAACCUUUAAAAUAAAAGUCGACUAGUUUACAUACCUAUCUAAGAGGACAUGGAAAUGACCAUGGACCUGUAUUUCAGGGACUAGAGGAAUUAGGCCUGGCCUAAGUACACCAGAUCUUUUGUAAAAAAGAAUUUCAAUAAAGUGAAAAAAACGUGUCACUAA